AUGAAGGUCACCAAUAUUGUCCUGACAGGUGCGAUACUUGCUAUUGCCCAGGCUGGCCCUAUUGCCACCCGUGCAGCUAUCACCGACGCCGAUAUUCUCAACUACGCUUUGACGCUCGAGCACCUCGAGGCCACCUUCUAUGAGGAGGGCCUCAAGAACUACACCAGGGAAGAUUUCGUGAAGGCUGGCUUCAAAGAUCCGUUCUACGCCAACCUGCAGGAAAUCGCUUUCGACGAGAAGACACACGUAUCCUUCCUCACGCAGGCUCUCACAGCUGCCGGCGUUUCUCCCGUGAAACGUUGCACCUACUCUUUCCCCUCUACCAAUGUGAAGUCAUUCCUAGCCCUUGCUAGCGUCCUCGAGGGUGUUGGUGUCAGUGCCUAUCUCGGUGCUGCCGCGUCGAUUGCCAACAAAGAUUACCUUACUGCCGCUGGUAGCAUUCUGACCGUUGAGGCCCGUCAUAGCGCUUACCUACGCGCCGUAAUGGGCGAAGUUCCCUUCCCUCAGCCUUUCGACGACCCUCUCGACUUCGACGAGGUCUACACCGUUGCGUCACCUUUCAUUACAUCAUGCCCUUCUAGCAAUGGAAAGCUCCCAGUGAAGGCAUUCCCUUCGCUGACAGUGACCUCGACCCAAACUGUUGUCAGUGGCUCCAAGGUUCACUUAGUGGCUGGUAGCGGCUUCAAUGAUUCUGACCUGGGCAACCUAUACGCUGCUUUCAUUACUGUUACUGGACCUGUUUGGGCUCACAUCAGAUUCACGGGCACUAACUCGUUCGUUGUUACUGUCCCUGAGGGUAUUGCGGGUCAGAGUUACGUUGUCAUUACCAAGGGCAAGAAGAAGGUAACCGACGAUAACAUCGUUGCUGGCCCCGCCAUUAUCGAGGUAAGGCGCACCUCUUAG